UUGGUAUACCUGUUUUUUGGCAAAUGGCAUUUGGCAUCUCCAAAACAUAACCUCAAAAUAUUCACACACAUUCAGAGCACGUCCGUAUUUAUCAUGUGUUAAAACAAUUCUGUUACAAUUAUUGGGUAAAAAAGAUACUUUUCAGCGACAAAAAUGAAAUCCAAGUCAUUUGAUUUGAAACCAAGUUCUGCUGAAAAGCAUGCAUUUGACAAGACCCUAGAUUUUAUUGGUCUUUACAAGUCUGUUGCAGAUACGAAUAAAGUUGCGGAGAAACGAAAAUCUGAUGAAACAAUCAAUAAGGAAACCGUAAAAGCCAAGACAGGUACCCCUAAACGUGAACUCACAGCUAACAAAAACAAAAAGCGGAGCAAACAAGAGACAUUGGACAUUUCGCAAAUUAAAAUUGAUGGCUCUAAUUUAAAUACAAGUACAGAUCGUAGCAGUCCCGUCAGGGAUUUGAAAGUUACUUCUACUCCUAACGCGAGUAACAAGAAUCAAGACCAAACGGGAGGGGUCAAGUCCAUCAUGAAAAACAAAUCGCUAACUGAGCACUCUACAGAGAGUCCAAGGUCGGUCUCCAGUGGCAAGCCCAAGAAGAGGAACAAGUCCGUCAGCUUCAUGCUAGACGACAAUGAGGAAGUUGUCGUGAAGAGAACCAAGUCUGAUGACUCCAAAGUUGGCGUGAAACCUGGUGCUGCAGCCAAAACUACUAUCAAAGACAAAAACAAGAAUAUUAAGAAGUUGAAAAAGUAUCAGCAAUCUGAAAAGGAGAACAAGGCAGCUGAAGUCAACAACCUAAAUAUGGAGGUUGAUGCUGUUAAAAAUAUUACACUUGAGAAAAAACCUGCAAAGUUUAAUAAAACUAAAAAAAUGCUGGGAGAGUCAUCAGGUGAUGCCAAAAGCCAAGCUCAAGAAAUCAAAGAGAAAAAGAAGAAGAUAAAAAAGGUAAAGAAACCAAAACCUGAAAAUUCAGAGCCUACCGACACGGAUAAUAACAAUGAGGUGCCAACUGAAUCUAAAGCAAAAAAGUUAAAAAAGAAGAAGGUGAAGUCUCUUCCCACUGAAACAACUGAAGGGGAAGGGGAGCCCGCACCCAAGUCACGUAAGAAGGAUGCAAAACCUGAAGCUAUUGCUGAGGACCUUGAGAACCUCAGCAUAGGUGACAACGCUCACACAUUGACAAACCUGCUUGAUGAGAUGACUGUUGUUGACAAAGCAAAGCGCAAACAGUUACGGCAGAAAUUCAACAAGAACAAAAAACCUAAAGGCCCUGCAGUUCCCAGUAAAGAAGAUGCAGAGAAGAGCGAAGAAGUGAAGGAGAAGAUUAAAUGGAAGAAGAGAAAGUGGAACAAGGAUAAGAAGGGAGAUAUGGAUGAGGAUAGCUUGGCACAUACAGUUAUUGUGGAGAACCUGCCGAUAUCUAUCAUGUUGAACUAUAAGAAGUUGCUCACUGACCAGUUUAUUAAACAUGGACCUAUUAAAAAGUUUGGUAUUGCUGAGGUAUAUCCUACAGAAGAAUCAAAGCCAGUAUUCACUACUACUAUAAACUUCCACACCAAUGUAGCAGCUGAGAAAGCACUAGAAGAAAACCACACGUACGUAGACAACAGCCGCAUCCGCGUGAAGCGAGCGCUGCCCGCGACACAGACGACGCUGGUGGUGCGAUCCUAUGCUGAUCUGACCGACCAGGCUCUCAGCACCACAUUCCUCGGCGCCGGCAAGAUCAGGAGCAUACGACAUCUUGUCAAGGGGAAGAAGACCAUGUCGACGGCAUUCAUCGAAUUCGAUGGACCCGAAGCAGUGGAACGCGCGAUUAAGCUUGCAGGUGACACCAAAAUUGGCGGAAAAAAGAUCCAUCUGUCCAAGUUCGAGAUUCGCGCCAAAAAAGUGAAGAAACACAAGAGCGAGGGUGACAGCGCUGCCGACGCCGACAGCGAAGAUUCAAACGAUUAGUUAGGUUUUAUAUAGUACAAAGAAUGCAAAAGACCUAAAAUAAUAUGUUUUAACCAGAUUAUUAAAUGCAAUGGCAUUUAAAUUACACACUGCCAUGAUCUGAGUAUGACGAAACACGACGGUCCGAUGUCCUUUAGAUAUUAAUUAUUUUUUAUUUAGUAUUAAUAUAUUUUUUAACUACAAAACUAUGCAUAAUAACGUUUUGAAAACAAUGUGGUCCUAAAUUCUAUGGUUUAUUCCAAUAGCUUGAUUAUAUUUUGACAGUGUGUGCACGCUGUAUGAAAACGUCGUGAUUGCCAAAUUCGGAUUUUUUAUUUCAUAGUUUAAAUUGAUUCAUUUUUUAUAACCUUUUGGGUGCGAAUUUUAGAACGCUGCUCAAGCAUUGAUCGACUCAAAACUCUUUCACCAUCCAAACCAUAUAACUAUAUGUUUAUGUCGAGAUCUUUUCUAGGGUAUUGGUCUAAAAUACGCUAUAUUGCUAAAGAAUAGACACAAUUUUGAUACUUUUCAUACCAUACAACAUAAAAUAUCUCGUAAGACUGUAAUAUAAUUAUGUACUAGUUUGAUGUACUAAAUAAAUAAAGCUAGCCAAGUUUUUACAUAGAAUAAAAUAUUAUUUUUCCAUGUUAUUGCAAUUAAUUUACUUGUAUGAAUGGAAUGUUACCACUUCAAAGUUCAGUUUUGUUUUAAUAUAAUGUAUUUUCUAAUGUUAAAUAUGUCAUACGUAUUCUACUAUCAAUAGUAACUGUAAUAUUAUAUUUGUUAGAUUUUUGUCUUAUUCUAUACAAACCUCAUUGUAUGGUACACAACACUGUUUAUGCCAUUGCCAAAUACAGAAAUAUGGUAAAUGUUAAAAAGUAAAGUUAAAUUGUGAAGGUUACGAUGAUGGGGUAGUUAUGAGCAACCAUCGUUAGUUAUAGAGAUGAUUAUGUUGUGAGACAAAUAUUACGAAAUAAACAGGCUCGUUGAAUUUAA